AUGCCUCCAUCACGCCCACAGAGGUUCGACGUUCUGAGCUUGGUGCACACAACAUGCGCCUCCAUAUCGUGGGGGCUCCUCCUGGCAUGUAGCAUCACCUCGCCCGCACUCCAGAGGUCCGGUUUCCUCUACUACGACAACACGUACCACCAGUACUCGUUUGGCGUGCUGGGAUACUGCGAUAGCUACCUUCGCGUCAGGCCAUGCACCACGCAGCUCGGUUACAGCAUAUAUGGACUGUUCCAAAAGGCCAUUGGCGAGGGCGGGCACAGCACACCGCUCGACAUCACCUACUCGUACCUCACAAAGUACCUCAUCCUCAUCCCAAUAGCUGCUGUCGUUGCGUUUGUUGCGGCCAUCAUUAGUGUUGUCCAGCACCGUCGCGGGCGCAUCCUGUUCAGCUCGUCGAUCCUCUCCAUUCUCGCGUUCUGCUUCGCGUUUGCCUCGCUCAUCAUGGAGGAACUCUUGUUCAACCAGCUCUACGGCGACGUCAAGAAAGUCGGCGGCGCAACCGUCUCGCACGGCAUACCUCGCUACCUCCUCAUCAUCAGCGUCAUUACGACCUUUGUCGCAGCGGCCACCGGUUUCGUGGCCGCCAGGAGGGCGCCCGACAGUGGCCGGUACGCAUCGACGACCAACUUUGACCACCCCAUGCCGCUUGCGCCGUAUGCCAACCUCGACAAGCAGGAUACGCCCUACCAGUCCAGCCUGCUCACAGCCGACGGCGCGCCCGCUCGCGCAGUCAGCCCGCUUCCUCACUUGGGCUACGACCCGGCCGGUACCCAGGACGGCGCGUUUGAUAUGCCGACCAGCAUUGCGCCCAGUCCGACGUCGAGCCCUGGGCCGUAUUCCGACCACAAUCCGUACGACCACAACCCAUAUGGCCAUGGUCGCUACUAG